AUGACGCGACGAAUAGUCCGCACGCUCACCCAGCUGGGCGCCGUCGUGUUCGUCACCACCAUCGUCAUCUUCUUCCUCGACCGAAACUACAGGGUCCUCCCCAACGCCCUCCACAACUACAUGCCCUCCCACCACCCGGGCCUCGUCGUCACCGACAUCACCCUCACGACCUGCUCCUCCCUCAAGCCCUUUUCCUCCUGCGAGCUGAACCCCAACGAAUGGCAGCGGAUCGAGAAGGAGCUGUACCUGGGCAGGGCGUGGACAUCCAAGGCGUACCUGCACGUCCGCCGCAAGCGCGAAGAGGAGCUGUCCGAAGAUGACAAGGUCGUCGUCGGCGUCUCUGUCGGAUCGCUCAACCCCGGCGACGUCGCCGACGGCAGCGAGCACUGGGAGCCCCGGCCGGGCGGCAUCUGGCUGAAGCGCUCCCGGAAUAAAAAGUCGAGCGACUCGGACGCUGCCGUGACGGACGUCGACGUCGUCUUUGGCGACGACGCAACCGAGGCGCGCAACGGCUGGGGCAUCGUCGGGCGGCCUCUGCACCUCGGCACCGGGGGCAACCUCCUCAGCGCGCACCUGACCGUGCGGAGGGGAGCGCCUCACCAGCCGAAGAAGCCCAAGCCGAGAAUCCCCGACAACGGCCGGUUCAAGAUCAUGCAGGUGGGAGACUUGCACCUCAGCACCGGCGUGGGCGAGUGUCGCGAUGCUGUGCCGGAUAGCUACAAGGGGGGCAAAUGCGAGGCCGACCCCAGGACGCUCGACUUUCUCACCAAGAUGCUUGACGAGGAAAAGCCCGACCUCGUCAUCCUGAGCGGCGACCAGGUCAACGGUGAUACAGCCCCUGACGCACCAUCGGCCAUAUACAAGUACGCCUCUCUUCUGAUCGAGCGCAAGAUCCCCUACGCCGCCAUCUUCGGCAACCACGACGACGAAAAGUCCAUGUCGCGCGAAGGCCAGAUGGCCCUCAUGGAGACACUGCCCUACUCCCUCUCCCAGGCCGGCCCCGUUGACGUCGACGGCGUCGGCAACUACUACAUCGAGGUCCUGGCGCGGGGCCACAACGAGCACUCCGCCUUGACCAUUUACCUACUCGACACCCACGCUUACUCGCCCGACGAGCGGCACUAUCCGGGGUACGACUGGGUCAAGCCCAGCCAGAUUGACUGGUUCAAAAAGACCAGUGCGAGCCUCAAGAAGAACCACGACGGAUAUACGCACCGCCACAUGGACAUUGCCUUUAUUCACAUACCCCUGACAGAAUACGCAGAUUGGGACAAGCCCCGCGUGGGCGAAUGGCGCGAAGGCGUCACAGCGCCCGUCUACAAUACGGGCUUUCACGACGCUCUCAUUGAAGAGGGCGUCGUCAUGGUCAGCGCCGGCCAGGGGGCUCAAAGCGACCACGUAAACGACUACUGCUCCCUCUCCUCCCACGGCGACGAAACCAAAUCCUUCCUCCCCGGCUGGGACCAGAAACUGCCCCUCGAAUCGGAAAAGGACAAGGACAAGGAUGCCGCCGCGAACAAGGUGCCCGCCAUGUGGAUGUGCUACUCGGGCGGCAUCGGCUUCGGCGGGUACGCCGGCUACGACGGGUACAUUCGCCGCCUGCGCCUCUUCGAGGUGGACACGGAGGAGGCGCGCAUCACGACGUGGAAGAGGGUCGAGUUUGGGGAUAAUGCCCAGGCGAGGGUUGACCAGCAGAUUCUCGUCGAGGCGGGCAAGGCGUAUUUCGCGCCGCCUCCGUCUCCGCCGCCACCGCCUUCUGAGGCUGGGGAGCAGCAGCAGCAGCAGCAGCAGCAGUGA